GAGCCCAGUGGAGCGAGUGAGCUAUGGCCGGCCUCAACUCACUGGAGGCGGUGAAGCGCAAGAUCCAGGCCCUGCAGCAGCAGGCGGACGACGCAGAGGACCGUGCGCAGGGCCUGCAGCGCGAGCUGGAUGGCGAGCGCGAACGGCGCGAGAAAGCUGAAGGAGAUGCGGCCGCUCUCAACCGUCGCAUCCAGCUGGUGGAGGAAGAGCUGGACCGGGCUCAGGAGCGACUGGCCACAGCCCUGCAGAAGCUGGAGGAGGCAGAGAAGGCUGCUGACGAGAGUGAGAGAGGCAUGAAGGUGAUAGAGAACCGAGCCAUGAAAGACGAGGAAAAGAUGGAGAUCCAGGAGAUGCAACUCAAAGAAGCCAAGCACAUCGCUGAGGAGGCUGACCGGAAGUAUGAGGAGGUUGCUCGUAAGUUGGUCAUCCUGGAGGGUGAGCUGGAGAGAGCAGAGGAGCGGGCGGAGGUGUCUGAACUAAAGAGUAGCGACCUGGAAGAGGAGCUCAAGAACGUAACUAACAAUCUGAAAUCACUGGAGGCUGCUUCUGAAAAGUACUCUGAAAAGGAGGAUAAAUAUGAAGAAGAAAUCAAGCUUCUGUCUGACAAACUGAAAGAGGCUGAGACCCGAGCUGAGUUUGCGGAAAGGACAGUUUCUAAACUGGAGAAGACAAUCGAUGACCUGGAAGAAAAACUUGCCCAGGCCAAAGAAGAGAACGUGGGCUUGCAUCAGACACUGGACCAGACACUAAACGAACUUAACUGUAUAUAAACCAAACCAGAAGAGUCCUGUCUUGACACCAACUCCACUCCAGAGAGUGCACCCUGUCUUCCUCUCUUAUAAGAAGUUCCGCUUACUACCAUGUCUCCACCUUGCUGGAAAGGCCAAGCAGAAAA